AUGGGAGUCGGCGAUCGUGGCGUUGAGGUGGACACGGCCGGCGGCGAUCGAGUCGUUGAGACGGCGACGGCGGAGAUGGCGACGGCGUUCAGCGAUCGAGGAAAGGCUCCAAUUCCACCAGAGUGGCGAAACGGUGAUUGGAUCGACAAUAUGCUUAGUUCAGAUCGAGUGAUGAGUUAUGUCGUUGAUGAUUCCGUCUUGAUGAAUGCGGAAUGUAAUGGUAGAAAAUCCAUCAAACAACCUUACUGUGCCAGUAAAUCAACGCAAGGUCACAGUUCUGUUGUAGAUCAGCUGGAAUCAGAGCAUAUCAAUCAGUUGGGGGAUGAUGUGAUGCUGGAUGAUGCUUUGUGCAUGGAAGUUACAUCUGCUCUGAAGGAAUAUGGAGAAGAUAAUAGCGGCAAUGAAUUGGGAGUUGAUAAUGUGAUGUUGGAGGAGGAUGCCUUGCACAAGGAAAUUUCAUCUGUGACGAAGAAUAAUGAUUUGGCUGUUUUUACUUUAGUUGGUAAGACGGCAAGAAGUGAGAAAGAAGCUUAUGAUUUGUAUAAUGAUCAUGCCCGAUUGAUUGGUUUUAGUGUGAGAGUGGGAAAACAGAAGUUUAGAGGUAAGACUGAUAAAGUUAGGAUGAAGAAGUUCUGUUGUAACCACGAAGGAUACAAGAGAUCCAGUGGAAAUGGUGAUGUAUGCCAUGAGAGGGUUAAUUUUCGGUUUGGGUGCCCAGCUUAUAUCCAGUUUACUGUUGACAAAGAUGGCUUGUGGACCUGUACAAAGCAUCUGGUUGAUCACAAUCAUGAUCUUGUGCCGAAUGAAAUGAUUGGACUUCUUCGAUCUCAACGUGAAGUAGAUGAAAAUGAUAUGAAGAUAAUCAGAGACAUGACAAGGAGUGGCAUCCCUUUGGUUGAUGCAUUUAAGUUUGUGGCAAAAUUACAUGGGGGAAGCCCAAACAUGAAAUAUACUUUGAGAGAUGCCUACAAUUAUGAGCGUCCUGCUGUUGGAUUUGAAGGUAGGUACGUUGUGUGGCAGGAGAAGUUAGAGGUCUCAAAUGAUGGCAAUACUGUGACGUACCAUGUUUGGCGGUUUGGGAUAGAGCACUUUAAGCAUGUGGUUGUACAUGAAACUAGGUUACAGAGAUUCUCAUGCACAUGCAGGUCAAGUAUAGCUAAUGAGGGAGAUGGAAAAGCUGCUGGCCCAUUGCUGUGGAAGGCACUAAUUAUGAGACGAUUUUCAGAUUUGGUGUAUGCAAGUGAAUAUAACAAAGAUGCAAAGAAAUGUUGUGAGGAGGCUGUUGACAGGCUUAAAGAAGAACUCGGCAAUUUCAUUGGUUCAAAUAAUAAUGAUGAGUCUGUAGACAAUGAUGGUGUUAUAAAGAAUCCGGCUGUAAAGAGGAAGAAGUUUGGUCCCAGGAACGAACGUCCUAAAAGCAUUCUUGAGAAGGCAUGUAACAAAGUCAGAGGCAGGAAAACAAAUGCAAAAAUUGCUGCAGACCGAACAAGAGCUUCAGUUGCAUCAAACCUGCAUUAUCAAAGCAUGCCAUUUCCUUAUCCAAAGGGAGCUGCUCAACAUUUUACAGGAUCAGGAAGUUUUGCUGCUGUGAAUGCUUCUCAUCAAAGCGUGCCAUCUUUGAACGUAAAUUCCAGUGGAAUCUCAUUUGCUAAUCCAAGCAUAGCUGCCCAGCAUUUUUCAUGGGCAGGGGCUUCCACUUCUAUGAAUGCUUCUGAUCAAAGUAUGCCGUUCAUCAACCAAAAUUCCGGUGGAUUCUCAUUUCCAAUUCCCAAGGGAGGUAGCCAGGAGUUUCAAGGCGAAAGCACUUCCUCUGCUGUGAAUCCUUCUCAUCAAAACAUGACAUUCAUGAAUGAAAACUUUGGUGGUUUCUCAUUUCCUAACCGAAGGGAAGCUGCCAGGGAGGCUGGAGCGCAGCGUUUCUUCAACAAGAUGUUUUAUUAG